AUGGGUAAAAGAGAACGGACCACCUGUCCUGUCCUGUCGGGGUCGCCACCACACCGCCGUGCGGCCGGCGCGACCUUCCCCCACUCGCCGUACGGCGCGCGCCGGAGGGAGCCCCCACCACCUCUGCCGCCGCCGCGCGCUCCGAUUGGCCGAUGGGCGUGUCCGGCGGCGCGCGGACGGUUUAAAACUGCGGCAGCAGGCGCGUCGCGUCCACACGUCCUGUGGACAGCGAGCGAGCGCGACCGACCCGCACUAGCAGACCGGCCCGACUUCGAACCCCGAGCAGAGAUGUCCGCCAAGCAGAUUCCCGCCCAGCCAGGCUGCGCUCGACUCCCGGCCAUGGCGCUUGUCCUCGCUCUGGCCGUCACGCUGGUGCUGCUGCAGGCUGCCGACGCAAAACGCGGCUGCAUGGCCUUCGGGCACUCAUGCUUCGGCGGCCACGGAAAGCGCGCCGACAUGGAGCCUGGCGCGGAGGGGGUGGAGGGGGCGGAGGAGGCGGCGGCCGUGGCGGAGGCGGCUGCGGCGGCGGCCCUGCUGGACGACGCGGCCAGCCCCCAGAGGUUCCGCCUCUCGCCCUUCCUGCGGCAGUGGCUGCAGCGUGCAUACCAGCAACAGUCAGCUGACUCACAGACCGUUGAAGUCAACUAAUGCUGUCUGCUGUUCCUCAGUCUCUGCUCUGCUGUGCUCCCCUAUUGGUGUCAAUAAUGUAAUAACAAAUAAGUUAGGCCUGUCUUUGUUGUGCACCUUACAUUAUCCCCUUACUCAUACAGACAUGUAUAAAGUAGCAUCCUGUGAAGCUGUUGUAAAAAGCUGUAUCAUAGUUCCUGGUGCAUGUGAAACCAACAUUUGAGGCAAAAUAUUCUGUCAUGAAAUGAAUCAACAGACAUGGGGAUGUUUUGUUACUGCUGACUGGAGCUUCUGACUAAAGGCAAAACCACAUGUAACUGGCUCUUACUAAAAUUUAAGUUACAGACAUAUAAUUCCAGCUGUCUCUCACCCAGUCAAAUAAUGCAGGCAGCCUAUUGUGGUUUCACAGUCACCAGGCUCAAUAUUGAAAUCCGUAAUCAACAACUUUCAUGUAAAAUUCGAUGUAGUUAUCAAUAAGUGGUGAUUUAAUUUAUGUACAGAAAUUAACAAGUGUAAAGGUAAACCCCUUAGAAUUACGAGAUACCACUAAUAUUUCCUUCUGCUGCUUCAUACAGGUGUGCUUAGGUACUAUGUACAAUCCUUUCACUUUACGCAGUAAAGUAUGUGUAGAAUGUAUGAAGUGUUCCUUGUAAUUCGAUUAACCUUUCUCAAAAACAAGUGCAAUAAAAAGAGGAGUUUAUAAA